UAAAUAAAAGUUGACAGUUUAGAAUACAUGAGGGGAUCUAAAGACAACAUAUGUAUGGUGAGAAAGCAUUGUUAUAUAGGGAAUGACUUAUUUAAAUGUGGGAAAGUUUAUCGCGCAGUUUCACAUGACUUCGACGGAGAAAAGAAGUUGCCAAUAAAGUUUAAGGUGAAAUCGCGCAAAGAGAUAUUGCGAUUUUGGCCAGAUGAUAGUAUACAAAUUCAGAAAAUUAAAGAGGGUGGCUGGUUUACUGCAAAUAAUUUGACCUUUCCAAAAGUUGGCCUAAUACAUCAGCAAAACUUGGACGUCUCUUCAGAAACAAAUGUACCAAAUUUUAGAAAUGAAAGGUUAGCCAGUGGGAGCGAUAUUUACGAACCUAUAGAAGAUGUUAAUAUACCUAUAAAGGCAGAGGAAUGGUUCGACAAACCCAUACUGCCAGAUGUUUUGUUAAGAGCUUUCAAAGAAAAUAAUGGCGAUAAAGCCAGCGACAUUGUUUCUUACACAGAAGACGAUUUGCUCAAACCUCUUGAAUGCAACACACAGGAUGGGAAAGUCAAAGUGAGCAAUAUUAGAAGUGGUGAUACAGGAUACGUAUUUGUUUGUGAUGUCUCUCCAUUCUGUUCAAAAAGAUGGUAUCGCGGCAGAAUGUCUAAGUUAUAUGUAGAACUCAUGUUCCAGAACGCAACAUAUGGAACGUUUUUGGUCUGGAAAGUCAACAAUACUCAAUACAUCAUAACAGUAAUGCUUGCACAAGGACAGUUGAAACAUUUCGUAGUUCUCCAAAUGGACGACUGGCUUUUCUUGGAAAAAAGCGGAAGCUAUGAUAGUUUUUUCAGCAUAGUCCAGGAAUGCAACUCAGAUGAGAUGCCAAUGCACAAUCCUCUCAAAGUUCCGAAUGCACUUUGUGGAUGUCCUUUCGAAAAUAUCGAGAUGCCAACACAAAGAAAAGCCGAUAUUGUUUAUGUUUCAACGCAUGAUACUAGGCACUACGUAACUCAAAUCUUUUACUAACCCAGCAAUUUGUCAGUGU